AACAAAAUAUAUAUACAAAAAAAAAUCAGAGAUUCAUUUUUUGCUCUUUACACAAUUAUUAUACAAGUGUCUCUGGAUAAUAAUAAUAAUUUAUAUUUUCUGUUUUCUGUUUUUUUCCCCUUUCAUCGUCUUUUUCAUUUGUCUUCGAUACCUUCCGAUGUAAAUUUUUUUUUGUCAUAUAAAUGUGUUUGCCAAUGGAACCAUCGACAAAUAAUAAACGAUCGGAAGCGAUUUGGAUUUCAAAUAAAAAAUCCAUGGAUGAUGUGAAUAAUAACAAGACACCAAAAAAUUCUUAUGACAGUGGUUUCGGUGCAUUUUCUUAUGGUAGUAGCUUGAGCAGUAAUAGUAGUACAAUGUCUCGAUCACCAUUUGAUUAUCGUCGUCAAUCAUCAUAUCCGGAAGGCCAUAAUAAUAAUAAUAAUAAUGAAUCACCGUUGCCAUAUGCUGGAAGACGCCGUACGAUGACUGUUUCAAGUGAAAAUUAUUCAUUUGGUGAUAAUUCCUCAACGCCUAGCUAUCAGCAAUCACCAUUCCGUCGUUCAAACAGUAUCUCCGGUGGGGCCGAACCAAAUUUUGGUGGCAUUAUUAAACGCUCUAUUGGUCAAUUAUUCAAUGCAGCCACAGUGAAUACAUCGUUGGCGACAGCUACCAUACAGAAAAGUGUGCCUAAAGUAAAAUGUGUUCCAUCGAUGCAAACAGCACGUAGGAAUAGCCAUGAUCGUAAUGAACAAAUUACCGAUCAUAUGGUAUCCUAUCUAUGCGAAAGUGCCAUCCGUUAAUAUUGAAACCGAUUGGUAAAGCCGACACCGUAAACAAAACGCUAGAUUAUCAAGACCAAAACCACUUAUUCAUUUGCGUUGUUGACCGAUCGGAUAUGUUCGUUUUGUCUACGAAUUUUUUUUCUGGUCAAAUCCGGAAAAAACAAACGUUCUCAAAACGAACCACAACAAACCAAACCUGGCGACCCGAGUGUGAUCUUUUCAAUGAACAUCAUCCACUCUCUUUACUUGAAUAGAUGAUGUUAGACCCGAAAGUGAGAAUCAUUCAUUAAAUCUCAUCUCAUCCCCAUACAUUUACAUAUUCAUUCGUUCAUUUCAAUUCAAAACGCUGAUUCUGUAUUUCGAAAUCACAAAAAAAGAAAAAAAAAUCACCAUGUCAUUCGAUGAAAUUCAUUGUGUUUCUCGUUAUAUUUAGCGUAUAAAAAGUAUUGUCGAGAAUCUCAUCAAUUCAUGUCAUACAUCACAGAAUAUUUCAUGUCAUGUCGAAUUACGAUUCAUUCAUUUGUCAUGUUACGAUUUAUACCUCCAUGGCUUUCAUUAUUAUCAUUACAACAAUACACUCAACAGACACACAUUGGCAUCCACACAUAAAUAUGAGAAAUCCAUUAUAAAGAACGGUUUUUCACAUCAUCAGGAUAUACUUACCAAUAACACACCCACCCAUUUUGGGCGUUGUUCUUUGAAUAUAAUUUUUUUUUGUUAACAAGUCUCUUUUUUUUCAUUUGAGUUUGUCAAUUUUUAUUUCCAAUCAUUUCAUUUUUGAUCUUUUGAUAAAUUUACCCAUUUAUCUCAUAUUUCAUCAUCUUUGUCUGUUGAUUCAUUGAAUAAAAAUUCUUUUUUUUUCGUUU